AUGGAGUCCAUUUCAUCGACUCCCGUCGAGGUAGAAGCAGUCGCUGCCGACUCCACCUCGUACCAAGACGUUGCUGCUCUUCCCGCCAUCACCGAGAGCGAGCGGGUCGACGAUCUCGAUCCCAUCCCCACCUGCACCUCUACGCUCACAUACCGAAACGGCAUCUUUCUCGCUCCCAUGGUGCGCAUCGGCACUCUCCCUACUCGUCUCCUCUCGCUCGAGUACGGAGCAGACCUCGUGUGGGGUCCCGAGAUCGUCGAUCGUGCCAUCAUCGGGUGCGAACGCAAAGUCGACCCGCACACCGGCGUAGUCGAGUACCUCAAGGACCACAAACAGAUCUUCUCCUGCCACCCGAUCGAACGACCCUACCUCGUCUACCAGCUCGGAUCUUCCGAUCCGGACCUCGCCUUCCAGGCCAUCAGGACCAUCACGCAGGCGGACGAUGUCGCAGCAGUCGACCUCAACUGCGGCUGUCCCAAACCCUUCUCCACCCACGCCGGUAUGGGCGCAAAUAUGCUCUCCACCCCCAAACUCCUCUGCAACACCCUCAAGGCAAUGCGUCGUGCCGCCCCACCUUCCGUCGCCGUCACCUGCAAGAUCCGUCUCCUGCCCACGCAGAAGGCUACCCUCGAGCUCGUCGACAAGAUCGUCCGCACCGGCGCGAUCGAAUGCCUCACCGUCCACUGUCGUACCAAAGACAUGCGUCCUCGCGAACCCGCUCUGCUGCACAGGUUGCGGGAGAUCGUGGAUCACGUCAACUCGAUCGCGGAGAAGAUGGGAAGGGCGAUCCCCGUGGUGUGCAACGGUGACGUUUGGGACGCAGCCACCGCUCCCAAGAUCAAAGAGCUGACCGGCGUCACGUCGACCAUGAUCGCGAGAGGUGCAGAGGCCAACCCGUCCUGCUUCAGGGAGGAAGGUAACGUCAGCAUCCCGCAGGUGAUCGCUCCCAAAUGGGUCAAGUACUCGAUUGCGUUGAAGAACCCGAUCGGAAAUACAAAGUACUGCAUGUCGCAGUUGGCUUUCAAGCCCGCCGAGGCUGGCAACGUCAACGGUCUGUCGAAGAGGCAACUCGCCGCGCUCAGGAUGGGGAUCUCGCAAGCAAAAACCCACGAAGAACUGGCAAACGUGUUCGGCAUAGACGUCGAACAGGUCCGAUCGCAGAGUGUCGCCGAGGACAUCCUCAAGGAUCUCAGGGAAGCUUUGGACGCCAGGAUCAAACGACACAGCUCCGGGUUCGAUGGACAGCGCCUCGGAGCGGUGAUCAACAACGCUUCCCAAUCGUCCGACCAAGGCUCUGCCGGUGGACAGCAGACCAACGACGGCCACGCGAAAGGCGACAACCAGAAGAAGGCCACCUCCAACUCGCCGCAACCCGAAUGGAAGGAGAUCCUCGCCAACGGCAUCGGCGAGAACAUCAAGAACGAGAAGUCCAUCCUCUACUACGCCUUUUCCACCGUCGAGCAGCCCUCGUCCGUCCACGAUGCUGCCAAGCCCCACGUGCGAUACGUCGUCCACCGCGGGUUCGUCAACGAAAAACGUGACGGUGAAGCCGACGGCGGCAUCGCCCCUCAGAACCCAUCGUUCGGAUCCAGUCCGUGUCUCAUGACGACGACAGACGUUCGAACACCCAAGGUAGCGCAGUUGACUUCGCAGAGCAGUCUCCGUGCUUCCGGUCAGGACGGCAGUCGUGGCGGAGAGUGCGAGAUCGCCUGGUGGAUCGAAUCCACCCAGAUGCAGUUCCGCAUCUCCGGCACUGUGCAUGUGUUGCCGACCAAAGAUCAUCCGCUACGAUCCUUGUUCCCCUUCGAACGUCUUUCGCCCCCGCGAGCACCUGAUGCCAUGGACCAAGACGCGGAGUCGUUCGACUGGGACGGCGAAAGGACGAGGAUCUUCAACAAGCUCAACCCCGGUCUGCUGGCGUCCUUCUGCCGCCCUACACCAGGCACACCUCAUCCCAAUUCCCAACAGCUCGAUUCGGCCAAACCCAAGGACGAUACCAGCUCACCCUGGCCUCUAGAGCUACCCCAACCAGGAAAGGAGGAGAACGACGAGCAAAAGAAGCAGCUCGAACAGAGCGAGAAGAACUUUGCCCUCGUCGUCGUCGAACCGUACAAGGUGGAUUUGGUCAAUUUGGCCGAUGAUACCAGGACGAUCUACGAGCUGGUGGAAGGCGAGAAUGCUGCUACGGGAACCUGGACGAGUCGUAGGGUGGUGCCGUAG